UUUCGAUCGAUAUAUUUCCAUAUUCAUCUGAUCUCAUCAACAGAUCAGCGUUUAAACGACCAACAAAAUGAUUUUCUUCAUCGUAUUUCUCUUGGUUCUGCCCAGAUUGAUGAUAUUUAAUGGUGCAUUAACAGUCGAUGACGGUACUUGUCCCAUGCUAACGCAAAUCUCCUGUCCUUCAAUGCGAGCGCCAGAUUCUGAUGACGUCAUCCAAAUGGUGCCUAAACGACUACCACGUGAUCAUCAGUUGGCAGAUCGUCCCGAGAUGAAAGGAAUUGAUCUGAAUCUGAUAUGCUCUGAACCAGACUGUUUGACCAACCCCUGUCUUCACGGAGGAACCUGUAUGGAAACCUAUGAUGGAUAUGAAUGUCAUUGCUUACAUUGCAACACCGGUAUUCAAUGCCAAGACAAGUUGCCAAAGGACUGCUCAGAAAUCAACGAUGCAGGCGGGAGUACGGAUGGAAUAUACAGAAUUUGCCUUGAUGCUGGCACUGUACAGGAAGAACCUAUUGAUGUCUAUUGCAAAUUUUACAGUGGUGAUGGGUGGGUGGUAAUUCAACGACGUCAGGAUGGUAGCGUAAACUUCUAUCGAGACUGGGCUGAUUACAAGAAUGGCUUUGGUGAUUUGAAGAACGAAUUCUGGCUUGGUAAUGAUAUCAUCCAUCGCAUAACAUACCAGGGAUUGUAUAGACUUCGUAUACAGAUGACCGACUUGGAAGGGAAUUUGUGGAAAGCUAUAUAUGACAACUUUCGUUUGGCCGAUGAGAGUGACGCAUACCGCCUGAACGUAGAAUACAUAUUCGGCACUAUAGAUGAUGCAUUGGAAAAUUUUCACAAUGGUUUACCAUUCUCCACCCGAGACCGUGAUAAUGAUGCGUAUAAUGGAAACUGUGCCGUGGCAUAUCAAGGAGGGUGGUGGUACAAGGCGUGUCACCGUUCCAACUUGAACGGACGCUGGGCGGUUCCUGAUUACACAGGCAUGGCAUGGUGUAGAGACGAUGGAAUCUUUUUGCAUAUGAAUUUCUCUAUCAUGGAAAUUAGAAAUAUGAACUAGGUAGUCAAAUAAUGUGAAGAAGAUAUGAUGAUGAUGAUAUAAUCAAACAUGCCUAAGAGAUGGCAAAUAGAUCUCUGUGAGAUUCUUUUAUCCCCCUUUUUUCAAAAUGUCAGCCCUUCAUAGGAUGUUUCAUCGAAUCAAACAAAACAUGUUUUACAUAAUCAUUAAAACUUUAGUGAGACUUGAACCCAACUAAUGGCAUGAUGAGUAGAUAACAAGCGGGGGACUGUAGAUACAAAUAAGGUCAAACACAUUUCAACCACAAAAAGGGAUUACGAUAAAGAGAAUUACAAAAAAAUAAGGAAUAGGAUAAGAGAUAUGAGUUUAGUGUUGAUAACUGACAAUAGAUUUGCGAAAAAUAGAAAAGCGUAGGAUAAGAACAGAUGACGGACAGGAGUUCCAGAAUAAUGGGAGGGAGUGCCUCAUUGAUCGUAACAAAGACACGACAAACUCUUUUUGACUUUAAUUUUGUGCAAUUAGAAGAAUUUCAUACGCAGGCGGAUCCAGGAUUUUCCAAAGGGGGCAUUUUGAUGAGAAAAUCUGACAAGUGCAAAAAAAAAAAGAAUAAAAGAAGAUCUUCACUCCCGAUGAAGGUGAUUUAUGUGACGAAAUGUCUGACGAUCAACAUUUCUCACUACAAAUAGGGGGAGGGUUGCACGGGCCAUGUGCCCCUUCCCCUGGAUCCGCCACAGGUUUCAUCAUACUACAGAAAGAAUGAUGGCGAUAAAUUGUCUAAUUAUUGCAACUGGAAUAAUAUGUCAUAUUUGUCAAUCGUGAUAUAAUGUUUAUUGAGAUGUACAUGUAUAUUGGCAUAUCAUUCUUCUAAAUUCAUGUUUUCAUAACUUGGUUCUGUGCAUUGAUUAGUCCACGUCCUGGACGAUUUUUAUUGAUUGGGCAAACCAAAGGGGCAAACCCUAUCGGACCGUACCGAUGCCCCCGCGCGCACACAUAACCAACACACACACACCCCCAGUGAUUCGCCUAACCCAGUGAUUCACCUAACCCACUGAUUCACUUUCCCCGAAAAAUGUUUCAUGUGACUAUUCAGGGGGUGUGUGUAUGCGUGUUCAGGGGAUGUAGUGUGUUAUGUGUUUGGUAUCGUACCAAAUAACAACAGUCCAGGAGGUGGACUAUGCAUUGAUUUACAAAUAGCAAGCAACCUGGACUUAUUAAAUUAUUGUAUCCCAAUAAGGUUUGUAUUCGAAUAAAGGUAAUAAAAGUGUAUUGUGUCUACAAUUACGUAAAACAAAAAUAAGCCUAGGUCUUGAAGGGACUCUAAAUACUCAGUGGCAACAGUUUAAACAUGCUCCUUUUUAUUCAUAGAUAACUUGUUAAAGUGAUUUAAUGUACAAGAGGAAAAUUUAAAUUAACGAAUAGUGAUCUGAUUUUCAGUUGCAAAUUGUCCGAGGUUCAUGCCUGAUUUAAAAAAAGACUGGUCUAAUAGAAAAUCAAUGAGCCACAAUUAACAGUUAUCAUAACUUUGUGUUAUUCUAUUUUUUUUUCAAACCAAU